GGUACGAGAUCACUUGCCGAGGUUCUCUCGUCGUCUUCCUCCUCCUCCUCUCCUCGCGCGCGCAGGAUCGCCGGAGCUCCCCUGGCCGUCGCCGGAGGGGAAGCGACGUCGUUCGCCGUCCGGGAUCGAGUUGCAUAGGGGUUUGAGAGUUUGAUGGAUAUCAUGGCUGAAGAGGAUAUUUACACAAAAGAUGGGACGGUGACCAUCCGUGGUGAUCCUGCCGAUAGGACAAAAACUGGGAACUGGAAGGCGUGCCGCUUUAUCCUGGGAAAUGAAUGUUGCGAAAGGUUGGCAUACUAUGGCAUGGGCACCAAUUUGGUGAACUAUAUCCAUGAACGCCUACACCAGAGUAAUGUUGCCGCAUCAAAUAAUGUUACCAAUUGGUCAGGGACCUGCUACAUUACUCCACUGAUUGGAGCCUUUCUAGCGGAUUCAUACUUGGGACGAUAUUGGACAAUAGCCAUCUUUUCAAUGGUUUAUGUUCUGGGGAUGACACUGUUAACAAUAUCUGCUUCUGUUCCUGGGCUAAAGCCUUCCUGUGAAAAUGGUGAGUGCCAUCCUAAAACAUCCCAAACUGCUGCCUGCUUUGUGGCGCUGUAUUUGAUUGCUCUUGGCACUGGUGGAAUCAAGCCUUGUGUUUCAUCCUUUGGUGCCGAUCAAUUUGAUGAAACGGAUGAACCUGAGAGGAAAAAGAAGAGUUCGUUCUUUAAUUGGUUUUAUUUGUCAAUCAACAUUGGUGCACUUAUUGCAUCCUCAGUCUUGGUGUGGAUUCAAAUGAAUGUUGGUUGGGGAUGGGGAUUUGGAAUCCCAGCAGUUGCAAUGGCCAUUGCUAUUGUGUUUUUCUUCUCCGGUAGCCGGUUGUACAGGAUACAGAAACCUGGAGGCAGUCCCCUUACAAGGAUUGCCCAGGUAAUAGUCGCAUCCUUCAGAAAAAUGAAGGUAGAAGUUCCAGCUGACAAGACUCAUCUCCAUGAGACAGCAGAUGCAGAAUGCACUAUCCAAGGAAGUCGCAAGCUUGAGCACACGGAUGAGUUGCAGUUCUUUGACAAGGCUGCUGUUGAGAUCCCAACUGAUAACAUAAAGGGGAAUACAGAUCCCUGGCGUCUUUGCACAGUCACACAAGUGGAGGAGCUUAAAUCAAUCAUCAGGUUGCUUCCAGUAUGGGCAUCUGGAAUAGUCUUUGCGACCGUGUACAGCCAGAUGAGCACGAUGUUUGUUCUUCAAGGCAACACUUUGGACCAGCACAUGGGACCACACUUCAAGAUCCCAUCGGCUUCCCUCUCUCUCUUUGACACACUGAGUGUCAUCUUCUGGGCUCCCGUAUAUGACCGAGUUAUUGUCCCCUAUGCCAGGAAAUUCACAGGCAGGGAACGCGGGUUCACUCAGCUGCAGCGGAUGGGCAUCGGCCUUGUAAUUUCUAUCUUCUCCAUGCUCGUUGCAGGGAUUUUGGAAGUCAUUCGUCUUGGCAUCGUCAGGAGGAACAACUACUACGAUCUUGAGUACAUCCCAACGUCAAUAUUCUGGCAGGUCCCUCAGUACUUCCUCGUGGGGUGUGCCGAGGUUUUUACCUUUAUUGGGCAAUUGGAGUUUUUCUAUGACCAGGCACCGGAUGCGAUGCGAAGCUUGUGCUCUGCUCUCUCUCUUACUACCGUCGCAUUGGGAAAUUACCUGAGCACUUUACUUGUGACCAUCGUGACUAAAGUGACCACUCAAAACGGAAAGCUUGGAUGGAUUCCCGAUAAUCUGAACAGGGGUCAUCUCGACUAUUUCUACUGGCUCUUGGCGAUUCUGAGCCUGCUUAACUUCUUGGUCUAUCUCUGGAUUGCAAAGUGUUAUACCUACAAGAAAGCGACAGGAGUUGCCCGUUGACAGAGCCUGGUUUCUCUGAUGCUGUGCAAUUUAGUUACCUAUCUUCCCUGCUUUAAAGUUAAAAAGUUCAGUGUCUUGCGUCUGGCGUACAUGCUGAUGUGCUCGUAAUUUGUAAAUAUAUUAAUUUACUUGGUGCCUUUUGGAAAGGAAGUUGUUGAUUCUUCUGUUA